CCGGCAUUUGAAAAAAACAAAAAACAAAUUAAGCAAAAAAUAUAAAUUGAAAUUAAAAAAAAAUGAUGAAAAAAAAGAGUUAAAUUUUCAGUGAAGGGAGAGAGAUAGAGAAAGAGAGCGAAAGAAAGCGAGAGAAAGUACAAUGAACUUAGAUUGAAAAAACUCUCACACAGAGAGAGAGAUUUUCGGUUUCGAAGUCAAACCGAAAAGAAACGGAGAAGAAAAUUUUUGUUUGUUUGUGUAUGUGUGUGUGUGCGUGUUGCGAUAUUUUUUUCUGUCGCGCUGAAGCAAUCGGAUGAGAUAUCCGAUCGUCAGCAGCGAUCGGAGGAGAUGUUCAUCGUCGACGGAGGCAGAAGUGGAAUUAGUUUUACCGUCGGAGGCGGUGGUGGAGGUGGCGGAAGGAGGUGGAGGACCGAGUAGCUCCGGCGAGUCGGGGGUAGUUGUUGUUGUUGUAACUGUAACCGUUACUGUAUGGUUGUGGUGAAGAUGAAGAAAGUAAAGGCAAAGAACAACGGUUUGUUACCGAACUCACUCAGAAUCAUAUCGUCGUGCCUCAAAACAGUUUCCACCAACGCCAGCACCGUCGCUUCCACGGUUCGCUCCGCCGGAGCUUCGGUCGCUGCUUCCAUUUCCUCAUCUUCUUCCGAGGAUCACAAAGAUCAGGUAACCUGGGCUGGCUUUGAUAGGCUUGAGCUUGGUCCAUCUGUCUUCAAACAGGUUCUCUUGCUUGGUUAUCAGAAUGGGUUUCAAGUCCUUGAUGUGGAGGAUGCCUCUAACUUCAGUGAACUUGUUUCGAAGCGUGAUGGCCCGGUUUCAUUCUUACAGAUUCAGCCCUUCCCUGCAUUGAAUGAUGGUUAUGAAGGAUUCAAGACAUCACAUCCUUUAUUGCUGGUUGUUGCGGGUGAAGAAACCAAUGGUUCAAACCUUGGUCAAAAUCGUAGCCAUUUGGGUGGCAGAGAUGGUAAUAUGGAGUCCCGAUCUGUAAACUCGGCCAACUGUCCUACUGCUGUCCAGUUUUACUCCCUUAGGUCUCAUUGCUAUGUUCAUGUCCUGAGAUUCCGGUCUGCUGUGUGUAUGGUUAGAUGCAGUCCUCGAAUAGUAGCUGUUGGUCUGGCAACGCAAAUUUACUGCUUUGAUGCGCUCACUCUUGAGAACAAAUUCAGUGUUCUCACCUAUCCUGUUCCUCAGUUGUCAGGACAGGGGAGCAGUGGGGUUAAUGUUGGUUAUGGUCCGAUGGCUGUAGGUCCAAGGUGGUUAGCUUAUGCUUCCAACAACCCACUGGUGUCUAGCACUGGUCGCUUAAGCCCACAAACCCUCACUCCUUCUCCAGGAGUUAGUCCUUCAACAUCACCUGGCAGUGGUAGUUUGGUGGCUCGCUAUGCAAUGGAGUCUAGUAAACAGUUGGCUGCUGGAAUUAUCAACCUGGGGGACAUGGGAUACAAAACUUUUUCUAAAUACUAUCAAGAACUGCUCCCUGAUGGAUCUAACUCUCCAGUAUCACCAAAUUCAGGCUGGAAAGUUGGUAGGCAUGCAGGAGCAGAUAUGGAUAACGCAGGGACGGUUGUUGUGAAGGAUUUUGUUUCCCGAGCUGUCAUAUCACAAUUUAAAGCGCAUACCAGUCCAAUAUCUGCACUAUGUUUUGACCCUAGUGGGACCCUUCUGGUUACUGCCUCAGUCUAUGGGAAUAACAUAAAUAUAUUCCGGAUAAUGCCAUCUUGCACACGCAGUGGAUCAGGUGUUCAAACUUAUGAAUGGGGUUCUUCUCAUGUGCAUCUUUACCAACUGCAUCGUGGAAUAACAUCAGCUAUCAUCCAGGACAUUUGCUUUAGUCAUUAUAGUCAGUGGGUUGCAGUUGUUUCAUCCAAGGGUACUUGUCAUGUUUUUGUUUUGUCUCCUUUUGGUGGCGAUGCGGGUUUUAGAAUGCUUAGUUCGCAAGGUGAAGAGCCCUCCCUCUUUCCUGCUGUGUCUGUACCUUGGUGGUCUACUUCAUCUUGCAUCACCAAUCAGCAAUCUUUUCCACCGCCACCACCUGUUGCCCUCUCGGUAGUGAGCAGAAUAAAAUAUAGUAGUUUUGGAUGGCUUAAUACAGUUAGCAAUACUACUGCUGCAACAGGCAAGGUUUUUGUGCCAUCUGGUGCUGUUGCUGCUGUUUUUCAUAAUUCAUUAUCUCAAAGGCUUCAGAAUUCUAACUCAAGGGCCAAUACCUUGGAGCGUCUGUUAGUUUAUACUCCAUCAGGUUAUGUAGUUCAGCACGAACUUCUGCCAUCAGUUGGGGUUGAAGGAUGUGACAGUGGUUCAAGGACCCAGUCAGCUUCAUUUGUACAUAUGCAGGAGGAUGAGUUAAGAGUGAAAGUUGAACCUAUUCAAUGGUGGGAUGUAUGCAGAAGGUCUGAUUGGCCAGAGAGAGAGGACUCUGUUUCUGGUACCAAUUUUCAUGGACCAGAUGCUACUGAUGUUAUUCAAAAUAAAUCAGGUUCUGGAGAUAACUAUGGAGUGGAUUUUCUUUACAUAAAUGAUGGCAUCAGGGGGAAAAGUAUGGCGAGGACUUAUUCUGGAAAGCCUCAUGAAAAAUCUCACUGGUACCUGUCUAAUGCAGAGGUGCAAAUAAGCUCCGGCAGGUUACCAAUAUGGCAAAAAUCUAAGAUCUGUUUUUACACAAUGGAUUCUCCAAGAAUUGAUACAGUUGCUGGUGGAGAGUUUGAAAUUGAAAAGGUCUCCAUUCAUGAAGUUGAAAUAAAGCAGAAGGAAUUAUUGCCUGUUUUUGAUCAUUUCCUUAGCAUAAAAUCAGACUGGAAUGGCAGAGGCCUUUCCAGUGGAGGAUAUCCUAAUUCUACAUCUGCAGAGCAUCAUCCAGGUGAAGGCAAGAUCACAGAAGAGACUGUCAUCUGUCACUCAAAGCCAGCAUCACUUAGUUCGACUGAAAGCUCGGAUGGGGGUUCAUCAAGAAGAAUUGAGAAUUUUCCUGACUUUGAUCAAAUAAAUAGUGAGAAGUCGUAUGCAUACAGUUGUCAAACUUUGAAUGAGAUUUACCCGGAAAGAAGACCCCUUUUUGAACCUUCCCUACUGAAGCAGAACUCAUCGAAUAUUGUAUCUGCUCCAUCUGAACAUCCAAAACCUGUUGAUUCUCAAGUUGACAGUUGUGGAACAAGAGAUGCCCCAUCACCAAAUGCUGGUGGGAUUGGGAUCAGUGAAGUCUCAGUUUCAGGAUCUGACCAACAUGCUUCUAAUCUGAAUAUUCUUGAAGAAGGGCACACAACUGUGCACUAUCCUGCUGUAGAUUUUGGACCAUUAAUUCAGGUGGGGCACUUUGAGGUAAUGCAGGACAAUGGGUGUGAUGGGUUAACUGUGGUUGAUACUGGUGAUGUUGAUAGCAGCAGUAACCACUGUGAGAGGGAAAAGCCAGGGGAGGAUGGGGAAGAUGAUGAAAUGCUUGGUGGCAUAUUUGCCUUUUCUGAAGAAGGUUGAUGCAUAAAUUAUGGAAAGCUUCUGGGAUUGCGCCUUCUUACGGAGUCAUCUCAUUAAGAUGAAGAGAAAGUUCCAAUAAGGCCUUCUAGAGUGGGGAUGGUGUAUAAUCUUUUCACAAUCAAAGUGUAAUGCAGUGUAAAUAAGGAGUGACAUGUUGGCAACACAUUAAGCAAGUGUUGGCAGCGUAUGUGAUUAAUCUCUCUCUCUCGCUCUCCCUCUAUCUCUCUUUCUCAUGUACAUUCUGUAGAUGGAAAUUCAUAAAUUUGUGCAGGGUGCUAGUUUCGUUCAAGGGGGGGUGAGUUUAAAAACUCUUUGGUAGAGUUUAAUUCGGUCUUCAAGUUUCAGGGUAGACCGUAUGUACAGCCGAAUUGGUGUGAACAGGUUCUCUCCAGCUGUAUAACUUUUUAAAUUUUCUUCUGGAGGUAACAGAGUAUGGAAAAAUGAAAACAACAUCGAUUAAUGGACAUUGUA